CUAGACGCCUUUGUCGGCCAAAAUAUUCAUCCAUAGUCACUGCAACUGCAGCAGCAGCUACACAAAUACAAAACAAUGGCUUCAGCAACGAGCGGUAUCUGCUUCUGCUCCACUCUUUCCUUCCCAAAACUCACCUCUCACUCUUACAAUUACAAACCCAUCACUUCCCUUUCAUUUUACAACCCCUUCAAACCAAUUCCCAGCCUGAAACUUUCACAUCCCUCGCUGGUGCUACCCAAACGAGCAGUUCGGGUUUUGGCUUCUGAUUCUACAACAGACCCAAAUGAAAAUACAGCUAAUUCAAACUCUGGUUCAACAAUUGACAUAAAAUUGCCAAGAAGAAGUUUAUCAGUCCAGUUCACUUGUGGGGAAUGUGGCGAAAGAACAGAGAGGCUAAUAAACCGUUUGGCCUAUGAACGCGGGCUUGUGUAUGUACAGUGUGCAGGGUGUCUCCAAUACCACAAAUUAGCUGACAAUCUUGGCCUUGUUGUCGAGUAUGACUUAAGGGUUGAAAUGUGAAGACAGAUCAACUUAACCGUUGACAUAUAUAUAUCGAUUCCUGUUGACAGUUAUGAUUCCAAUUAUGCUUCAUUCUCAUCAAUCAUGUAAGAAUAGGAUGGAUAAGCAAUAAAACGCUGCCAAUAUUUUUGUUAUUCAGCU